UUGGGCAGAUUCUAAGUAAAGAUUUCUCUCUGGUAAGAACUAUGGUGUUGGCUGUUUAUUUGUAAUAUCGGGUAGAAUACCUUAGUAGUGCUAGUCAUAUAUUUAUCUGGACAAGGGGAUAAAGAUAUAUGUUAGUUCUUGGAAGAGGUGACACAGGGAUAUUACAUUCACUAUUAAAACACAACGCAGAGUGGAUUUCUCUCAAAAGGAUACCAAUUGGAAGUAUUGGUGGUGAGAGAAGGAUUAUACAACAUAAUUGGUGCCGUGACCGUGGCCGGAAGAUUUCUUUCUUCAGAAUCUGCCUAGGAUCCAAGUUUUGACAUCAACGUAUUUGGUUCUGUGACUGUCAGCCAGAAGAGGUUUCCAGUGUCUGCAUAAAGCUUGGUGAGUAUAUUUGCUAUUUAUUCUAUUGCUGCAGUGUAUAUUUUUAAUAUGGCAUGUAAUAAGGUAGAUGCAAAAAUGGCUUGUUCAGAAAAUGUUAAACAGUGGCUUAUGAAUUAUAUUAAGAGACAUGGUGGUCCUUAUGAAAUCUCUCAGGACUGUAAACAGUCAUGGGAAAAGAUGCAGGAGUUUUUAGGAGAAAUGUUAUUUGAUAAAAAUGUUUCUGAUAAAAAAAGAAAAGGGUGUAUUAUGCAAGCAUUACUAUCAUGUUGUUUAAAAUUAGAGGGAAUUGUAAAAAUAAAGGAGGAUGUAAUGGCAGAGCUUAACUCAGUAAUGAACAUGAAAUCUGAGAAAUUGAAUAAUAAGAUUGUAGAUCUAAGAGUGCAUGCAGUUACAACUGGUGAAGCUUUGAUUGAAAAGGCCAAAAUGUGUGACAAACUUACAGUGGAGAAUGAGAGGCUGAAUGAGAAAAUUUUGGAGAUGCAAAAAGAAUUGGAUGAAUGUAGACAUGCUACUAAUAUGGCGUUUAAUAAAAUGGCAGAAAGCAUGGCACCUUCGAGUAGGUCUCCUGUAUCUGAAAUUCCAGGGUCUAUUGCUAACCCAGGGAUUGAAGAUACAGGAUACAAACCUAUUUAUCCAUUGGAGGAUUUGAAACAAAAGUCAGUGACAAAUCUCCCUGCUGCUCCAACUACAACAACCACAGUGUUGAAUCCUGAUAAUUCUGGAGAGAUUCAGCUGGUUACUAAGCAGUUAAAGCCACAAGAAAUGGAUGCCAUAGUUAGAGAAAUAGGGCAGGUCCCUCAGCAGGAUAUCAAUCGCUUUUUGCAAUGGUUUUGUGGAAUUCAAAGAGUGAAAGAGAUGUAUAGUUUGACAACUAGUGAUAUGGAGAGAGUGCUGCAGAGAGUUGUUGGAAAUGGAUUGUGGGUCAGGAUUGUACAGACAUGUGGUCAGCAGCGUAGAACUAGGGAUAUGUUGAAAGAGAUCUUGAGGGCACUUUAUGGAAUUACAUCAAAUGUGUCAUUGUCUGGAAAAAUUAAACAGCUGAAACAAGAGUCUCCGUAUGAAUUGUCAGCUAGAAUCUCCACAGUGAUGGAACAGUUUGGUGUCAGUAAUCCUGGUUUUGAACAGGGAGGGAUGGUGCAUAGAUCAAUGUUUUUGGAUGCAUUAGAGGAAGAUAUUAAGGAUGAGAUAUUAUCUGUAACCCCAAACCCAUCAGAAAUGUGUGAUUUACUGUUAAGAGCUGAUAAUUUGUGGCGAAGAAAGGUUAAAAAUGAGAGUUUUGCUGUAGAUGCUGCCAGGAUUUUCAGAGUAGAGAGGAGAGACAGGUCUACCAUGUAUCCUCAGAAACCAAUCAGGGGAAAUAGAUUUCAGCAUAUGGAAAAUUUUAGAGGUGAGAAUGAAUCUGGUAGUGACAAAAGACGUAGAGAUCCACAGAGGGACCAUAGGAAUAGGGAUAGUGCUAAAGGGAGCAAUGUAAUAGGAGACAAUUGGAGAAAUAGAUGGGAGGAGCCUCAGAUAAUAGGAGAUGGAGUGGAUCCCUGGAAGAGCAGCCCACAUAAGGAAUAUGAAGUGCAAGAAAACAGCAGUCGUGAUGUGGUGGUUAUGUGUUGGAAAUAUCCAGGAGGAAGUGAUUUACAUAAGAGUACCAGUAUAUUUUGUGCCAAUGCCACAAAGGACGUGAGGAUAAAGAUGCUGCUGGAGAGAAAUUUUACAUUUUCCCAGGAUGGUGUUGUAACAUGCAGCCCCCAUCAGACUGGAUUACGUAAUACAGUUGACCCAGCAAUUAACAUAAGAAUGAUAAAUUCUCAGGACUGUCCAACUACCACCCUGUGGCCAGAGCAUGGCCUUUUCUUCCAACCAACACAAACUGUUGCGUAUACUGAUGUAUCUUAUCAAAUUAUGCUUAAAGAGGGACGAGUGGAUUUUAACACUCUAGCUGAAACUGAUGUCACGAUACAGAACAUUCACACAGUUGCUGCAGAUUUGCAGUGGAUUAAUAUAUCGGUGAAUGCUCUCAGAGAAUCAGUUAAUAACAAUAAUGUAUCUAAAGCUAUGGCUGGUCCUUAG